AUGAAAUACCUACACUGUAAGUUUAAUUAUGUAUGACUUCUGCGCCAUUAUUUUGUAUUUGUGAGUUCAGUGAAUAGUUACAUUUCAUGCAUUUCAACUCCUUCUAAUAAAAUCAAACCUAUAUCGACCAGGACACAUAGAGCCUGUGCCCAACUUAACAAUUUUCACUAAGUCGGAUUAUACGAAAUAGGAACAUUACAAUAUCAACAGUGUCGACUGCAUAUCUGCUCCAUCACUUCAGCAUGCUUUUUCCCCGCGAUAAUAAUUUGUGAUUUAAUCAGUCGCUUUUGUCAUCCGAUCGGAAUUUUUCGCGAGUUUGAUGUUGGGCCAGUUAUAAUUCGCAACAGAAAUACGGCCUAAAUACGAUAGUUAUAGUGACAUGCGGCCACUACAGUCCCAGCUAACCGAGAGUGCCACAUUGAGAAGGAGAGAGAGGAUCCAGCUAUUCUCUCAGUUGCCAACCUCCCAAGACACGGUUUUUUAGCACACCCUGAUAGUUUGAAAGUGCGUUAGAUUGUUUAGUGUGCGGAUCAGGCGUGUGUGGCAUGCGUAGCCCGACUGUCAUACUUUGUUAGCCCUGCUCCCUACCCCUCCUCCUGUCUCGUUGACCCUCUUGACGCCGAGCUCAAAGGACUGGUGGAGGAUUGAUGUGGCUGUUAAUCUAUAUCAGACCCUGCACUCGACCCCUCCUUCGGCCUCCUUGACUCUCUUGACAUCGGGCCAGAUAGAAGGUGGAGGAGUGAGUGCGGUAGAUGCGGUGCAAGUCAGAUAUCACUAUCGCCUCAUUCCUGCACAAUUCACCAUCCCUGUGAGUGCCCUGCUGUGGGGUCCUUUGCGUACAUCGUUGUUGGUGACGAUAAGAAGACGUUUCAACGCUCAUUGCUGCCUGACAUGAUUCUGAGCAGAUCUAUGCUUAAACUUUCAAACGCCCUCCAUCUAAAUGCGCCUCCAGGCGCAGAAUUCAUGGUCUGUGUGUCUGGCCGCAGAAAACGUGAAAGAUUAACACGGUGUGAACCUGGCCGAAAAAUAUUUUGCUUGCUACUUAAUUUGCUUGUUUAGACUGGGCAGGCUGCUUGUGACUAAACAAUUUCCGUGACACGCAGUCAAAAGUCCCCUCCUGAAUUUUAAAAUUCCCCCUUUCGAAGUAAGGAUACGUUUAGCCGCUUACAAUAAUUGAAGUCGGGAAAUAAUGACUUGUGUGACAGCGUGUGUGUGUAUGCUUCCUGGGCUGUUGGGCUGUCUAAUUAGGGGGUAAAUCAUGUAGACGUGGUAGGUCGCCUUACGCAAACGCUGCCUGCUCUGCAAGGUGUUUAACUGUCACCCAAAUCUCACCUGUAGCUACCCGAAGCUAGACUCUGCCUAGCGGUCACACCCCGAUAACGAGGGCAUCCGAUGUUUUGUGUUUGUCUCCGUACCUAAUAAUUAUGCUCUCCCGUCUCCCCCCCACUGCCAGCUCCCAUAUUUUAAAAAGUUCUAAAUAGAGGGCGAUAUGCAAUCCUGCAGGUGAGCCGAGCUAACACGAGCCCUUCUCCCACUAACCAAUCAGUGACCGACAAACGCGAACAGGCGGGUUGUAGGAAGCAGUUCAGAAGAAAAUAGAGAAGAAGACGAAGAAGAAGAAGAAGAAGAAGAAGAAGAAGAAGAAGAAGAGGAAGAAGAAGAAAAAGAAAAAGAAGAAAAGAAAUAGAUGAUGAUGAUGAUGAUGAUGACGAUGAUGAUGAUGAUGAUGAUGAUGAUGAUGAUGAUGAUGAUGAUGAUGAUGAUGAUGAUGAUGAUGAUGAUGAUGAUGAUGAUGAUGAUGAUGAUGAUGAUGAUGAUGAUGAUGAUGAUGAUGAUGAUGAUGAUGAUGAUGAUGAUGAUGAUGAUGAAGAUGCGAUCACGUCGCAAACCACGGCAGUCACUUUCACCGGUUCGAACUUGCAGUUUGACUGA